CACUUCUGUCGCUACUCAUUCCUCUCUCCCUCUACCUGAUAAUCCCAUCUCUCUAGUAUCCGUUCAUCGUGUAAAUAUUAUCUUGUUCAUUGCUUCCGCUCGUGCACCCCCACUUCGGCGAGGCUUCACGGCGGUGCCCCGCAUCUCCGAGCGCGCUUCUUUUCCACCGUGCUGUGUUUGACCGCCUAGGGACACAACAACAAACGCGUCAAAAUCCGGCCCAUAUCGUCUGCCAGUCUGAUCGGGCAACGCUAGACGUGGUGACCUCGGGACUAGCUCUAUACGCGCAUGCCCCACGCCCACCACCAUGGAGGACCAACUAGUGCAGCUGCUCUCAGCUACCCAAACCGCCCAAGAGGGUCCGCGCAAACAAGCAGAACUACAACUCCUCUCGUUCUACGGUCACCAAGAGCUGCCCCUCGGCCUCGUCGGAAUAGCCUGUCACGACAGCGUACCGCUCAACAUCCGGCAGGCUGCCCUGCUGUCACUCAAGAAUUUUGUCUUGGCAGGAUGGAGUAAUAGCUUCGAUGAAUUCAAGGGACAGGUCUUGGUUAGCGACGAGAACAAGGUCCAGCUACGGCAGCGCCUCCUUCAGCUCGCGACUACAGAUCAGCUCGAUCGCAAACUCAAGGCUGCCGCGGGCCUCGUCGUCAGCAAGAUCGCCAUUGCCGACUAUCCAAAUGAAUGGCCAGACCUCCUCGAUAACCUUCUAGAACUCAUACCGAACGCGACCGAUGGACAACUACACGGUGCCCUCAAAGUGCUUAGCGAGCUGGUCGAAGACUGUUUCAACGAAACCACCUUCUUUGGCGUGGCACCACGCCUUGUCAAGAUCCUAUAUGAUGUGGCAAUCAACGAGCAGAGAAAGCCUACACUGAGGGCACUGGCCUGCAAAGUGUUCCACGGCUGCUUCGACAUACUGGAAAUGGUUAUGGAGGACCAUAAGACAACUGUCAGGGGGUUCGCGGACGAGAUACUGAAGGAAUGGAUCCCCUUCUUCAUCAAUGUCAUGAACACGAGGUUACCAGACCCACCAUCAUUCCUGGAGGAAGAGAAUGACGCACCAAAUGCCGUCACCUACAAAGGGCAUGUUGCUUUCAAGCUUCAGGUGGUCAAGGUACUCAUGCGCAUACGAUCCGUCUUCCCUGCUAUUCUCUCGCCCCAGAGCCUCGUUCUCUUCCAAGCAACUUGGGAAGAGUUGUCUUUACUACAACCGGCAUACUCUCUUAUGUACAUACAAGAGGAGCGUCAGAGCAGGCUGGAAGACGCCGAUGGACUGCCAUAUACGCUAGAUUUCCUCGUUCUCGAAGAACUCGACUUCAUGCAGGCGUGCCUUCGAGCACCCCCGGUCCGCGCACAGCUUGAGCAGGAGCUCCAGAACCAGACGCCAGAAAACUCAUGGGUCACUCAGGUUAUGAAGCUAGCCGUCGCCUAUGCGCAGAUCACCACGGAAGAAGAGGGACUCUGGGACAUUGAUGUGAAUAUCUUCCUUAGUGAAGAGACAAGCGUGACAGCCAACUACACACCCCGAACUGCCUGCGGCGACCUGGUCAUCAAACUUGGCGAGUGGCUUACGGAGCCAACCAUCAAUGGUUUGCUGAGCUAUACACGAGUUCUCUACUCCGAGUCCAAGGGCUGGAAAGCAGAGGAGGCUGCACUGUACGUACUGAAUCAACUGCUCAGUGACUUCCAGGACGUCGAGAAACAAAUCGCACCAGAAGCUGCGAGUGGGUACGUCGACUUCAUCCGAUAUGCUAUGCAACAACCAGAUGCAUUUCUGAGAGCACGUGGCUACCUCGUUGCUGGAAGUCUAACAAGGACAUCCGGAGAUGCUCUGCAACAGCUCGCCACUUCUUUCCUCGAGGCAUGUCUGCAAGCUAUACCACAAGACGAGUCCGAUGUGGUUCAGGUCUCAUGCAUUCGCGCUAUGCAAUACUAUCUUCAAGCUCUCCCACAUGCCAUCACACAGCCACUACAAACCAACAUCAUCACGGCCAUAAGCAACUAUCUUGCCGCGCAAGAUCUCCAGGAGCUUGCCGAUAGUGACGAUCUCAUGGUCACCCUGGUCGAAACUCUCAGAGACGCCAUACUCAUUGAUACCCGGAUAUGCAUCACCGCCAAUGGCCUGGAUACACUCUUUCAAGUUGCCAGUUACCAAGCCAACAACUUCCAAUUGACAAUGAUGGUCGUCGAGACCUUCGAGGACGUGACUCAGUCCAUUGCUCAGAUGGGCGGAGACGCGUACAUUCAAUUGUGUACCAAGGUCCUUCCAUCUCUCACUGGCGCUUUUGACGUUGGCAGCCUCACCGAAGAGAAUGCUCUGUGCAACUUCGCUGCUGAUCUUCUCGCUGUCCUCGCUGAGCAUGGUCCCGAGCCGCUACCAACUGGCUUUGUUGCUACUACAAUGCCAAAGCUUACUCGACUCCUUCUCGGCUCAACGGACGAGGAGCUGCUCAAAUCUGCUACCAUUGCCGUGAAGAAUAUUAUCUCGCAUGAUCACCAACAGCUCUUCGAAUGGCGAGACGACACCGGUAAGGCCGGUCUAGAGGUCGCACUAAUCAUUGUUUCUCGCCUGCUCUCAUCGUGCAGCGAUCACGCCGCUGGCGAAGUCGGUGCUCUUGCCGCUGAGGUAGUGGAGAAGGCUGGUCAUGAACGACUAGGCCCGUAUCUAGAGGAGCUUCUCCGGAGUGUUGCUGUACGGCUUGCAAAAGCGGAACAUGCGCAGUUCAUCCAGAGCUUAACACUCGUCUUUGCGCGGUUGAGUUUGAACCACGCUUCCGAAGUCGUGGAAUUUCUGGCUCGGCAGGAUAUUGACGGCCAAAAUGGUCUACAGGUCGUGCUUGCAAAGUGGCUCGAGAACUCGAUAAACUUUGCUGGCUACGACGAGAUUCGACAAAAUGUAAUCGCCCUCUCGAAGUUAUACGACUUGAAGGAUCCUAGAGUCGCCCAAGUCUUGGUCAAAGGUGAGUUGAUUCCUAACUCGGACGGUCGCAUCAUGACCCGGAGUCGUGCAAAAGCCAACCCGGACGAAUACACCAUGGUCCCUGCACCUCUCAAGAUCUUGAAGGUCCUAGUCGUCGAACUCCAGUCCGCCUCUGGCGCGCCCCUCGACGCAGCCGCAGCCGCCGAGCUGGCAGACGAUGACUCCGACGAUGGCGACUGGGAAGACGAGCCGAAUCCUUUCGUUGAUCUCGGCAGCGGCUUCAGCAGAGAACAACUCAUGGCGUUCGCAGCUGAAGACGGGCCCGGCUCAAACCGCCAGCGGGAUGACGAAACACAAGGAUUCCUUGUUGAAUUCUUCAAGCGUGCUGCUACCACACACGGCUUCUCAGAUGAAUUCAACCAACUGACUGAAGAGGAGAAGCAGAGGCUUAUGGACAGCGCUGCGUAGUAUGCAGUAUGGUACAUACUCUUUGCUCCCCCGACGACGGAACAGCUUCGAUGACGAGGAUAGAGGUGAGCCUGCUACAUGUGACCCAUCUUGAAGUGGACGAAGAGGAAGACACUAUUAAGGAACAUGCGAUCAUGUCUGGAUGUCGCUUUCGGUUUGGACAGAAGGGAUUACUGUGGAUAGAUAGACUGGAAACCUGCUUCUGGGUUACGAAGUACAUGAAGGCAUGAAAAGCCCAUAAGAUCAGUAGAUCGAUUGCAUUCGUAUAGCAAUGUUAUAGAGAAUAUAUACAUGGUUUUCACUGCG